AUGGAUACCCCGAUAAGCCACCUCCCUCCGGAGGUGAGCGCCAUUUUCAAUGCCAACUUGAUGAUCGUCGAGGUCGUGGCUAUGUUCGGCAUCGCCGUGUGGAAUGCACUGGAAGUAUUGAUUGCUAUAUUCGAGAAGUUCCAAAAGUAUCGUGGGCUAUACUUCUGGAGCAUGCAAAUUGCUGCCUGUGGGAUCUUGAUACAUGGUAUACCGGCGUCAGUUCGCUAUACCAACCGAAUCUCUUCCUAUUCCGUGGCAAUCCCGUUCGUCGUGGGCUGGAUCUGUAUGGUAACUGGGCAAGCGGUAGUGCUGUAUUCAAGACUGCACCUCGUUAUGACCGACAUCCGCCAUGUAAGAUGGGUACGAUGGAUGAUCAUAGCCAAUAUUUUCAUUCUCCACAUUCCCAUGGCAGCCCUGUUCUUUAUCAACUUUCGUGGGAUACCGCUCGGCCACGCUCCCAAAAUAUAUGACCGUUUUCAGGCAACCGGAUUCGCCAUCCAAGACACCUUAUUGUGUGCCAUCUACGUCUGCGAGGCACUCCGAGCGCUCAAACCUGUCUUCGAAUCCAAAGGGGCCCAAGGGCGAAGAAUUAUCUACCGAAUCCUCUUCGUUAAUGUCAUCGGCAUCUCGCUCAACAUAUUCAUCAUUAUCGCCGAGUACAGAUUGCACUACUUAGUUGUCAGCUUCAGGACACUCGUCUACAGUAUCAAGCUGAAACUCGAAUUUCACGCCCUUACACAGCUCCGCGAGCUCACAAGCACCUACUCAUGCUCUUUUUGCCAAGGGGCUAAUGGCAACACUUGUGGUUCAAACGACAUCAAUAUCUUCGACAUGCUCGCAAAUCAUCCCUCGUCGCAGGAUAUUGAGGCGCAAACUGGUACCGGUCGUGCAAGGCCCGUGAGCCCGGCACCACAUUCAGCGCGCAGCGGUACAUACGAUUUUCACGAGGCUCUGCGCGAGACAAUGUCGACUGUGAACUCUGUUGAGUCACAGGAAAGUAGUCGGCAUCGGAUGUACUCGUCGGACGCGCAGCCGACAGUUGAAAUGACGUUUAUCGAGCGCUCCAAUUAA